AUGGAUUCACAGUCACAGAACGUGAAGACGACGGCCGAGGAAGGAGACGACAGAGGACGGAUAAGGAGCUCGAGGUCGAGAAACAUUCGACAUGACAGACGGGAUCAGGAUCCCGAGGCCGGCGACGGCGAGUCCUCGAGGCUCUCCUGGAUGUCGGCCGGACUCUUGUCGAGGCAGACGUCCAAUACUCUGGCUCGCCAGAAGAGCAUCCCUAACGACGGCAGGCCGGAGGACCGUCGAUCGUUUGCCCAGAAGCUUCACCUCUUUCCCUACAGACCUCACUCGACCAGUACCUCUCGCGAAUCCUCGACCAACACUUCGUCAAGCUCUUUGCAUUCUCUGGUUGAUCCGGCUGUUGGUGGUGAGGCAGGCCCUCCCUCCAGCGCGAUACCAGCUUCUUCUUCCUCGACGGCCUCCGCCUCCGAUCCCUUCAGCCAGUCUGUCACCACUCCCAGACAGACCGCCGAGACCGGCAAUGUUCCUCCCCUGAGUCCACUGACCGAAUUGCCGAUGGUCGCCCCCCGUGCCACAAUUCGCGGCCCAUCUCACGACCUCCCUGUCUAUCCAAACCAGUCAUACGCAAUGCUCCAGCAACAGAUACAUCCUGCGCCUUACAGAUCUCCAACUCUGCGCACUCGAAGCUCCUAUCCUUCACACUCGGAUUUCACUUUUCCCCAACCUACAACUUCUUGGGCGCGAGACUCGAAUGCCUCCCCAAAUUCACGCACCGUCGGCAACACCCCCAUAUCUAGUCCGGGGCUCUUCUCUGCACGGACACCUCGCACCUCUCCUUCUAUCGGCUCGGAAGAUGGACAAGCUGGUGUUCACCUGCACCGAACACAUAUGCAAGAACCAAAAGAAACGCAUACCGUCGAGGUGGAUCGCCACGAGCUCACCGGAAACAAGUUAAUCAAUGAGUACGAGAUUCUAGAGGAGCUCGGACGUGGAGAGCAUGGCAAAGUCAAAUUGGGUCGCCACUUGAAGACCGCCCAGUCCGUCGCCAUCAAGAUUGUGCAACGAUACUCUAAGCGUCGUCGUCUAGGGAAACUAGGUAACCCCGAAGACAAGGUCAAAAAGGAGGUUGCCAUCCUCAAGAAGGCCCGCCACCCGAACGUCGUCAGCCUGCUCGAGGUCAUCGAUGACCCAAACCAGCAAAAGGUCUACAUCGUGCUCGAGUACAUCGAAAAUGGCGAGAUCGUGUGGAGAAAGAAGGGACUGAAAGAAAUCGUUUUGGUCGAUAAACAAAGACUUGAUCGUGAAAAACGAGGUAUUCCCGACUCUCCUUCUUUCAUCGAGAAUAGUCAACAGUUUAUCCAUAAUACUCAAUUGCGUCGACGGCAUAUAGAAGCCCUGCGUCAGCGUCAGAAAGCUAAAGGCUCUCAACAUGUCGGUGUUUCUGGCUGGAGCUUGGAACAUGGCGGCGAGUCGGACAACGAGCUCGAUGUCGACUAUUCUCCCAUGUCCAAGUUUCCCACGGCCUCGUCGGCGCAUUCGCAAGAUACCCCUGAAUUCCAGAUUUCUCCGCAACAUUCUCUCACCUCGACCGGAGAAUUCGACAAGCGGAUGCGUGAGAUGGCAGGCUUCGGCAGUGAUACCGGUUUGUAUGGCGGAUACGCAUCAGACCCAAUGUUUGCACGCCGCUACAGCAAUGCUUCCAGCCAUCUAGCCUUCCAAGCCGAGCCUGACUGGCUGUCUGACGAUGAUGACAUGGGCUAUGUACCCUGCCUAACUCUUAGUGAAGCUCGUACUGCCUUCAGAGACGCUGUCUUGGGACUUGAAUACCUACAUUACCAAGGUAUCAUCCAUCGUGAUAUCAAACCUGCCAACCUACUUGUUACAGGUAACCAUCGAGUAAAGAUAUCAGACUUUGGAGUCUCAUACCUUGGCCGCCCUAUUAGGGAUGAGGAUGAGGAGCAAGUCACGGAGACUGAUGCCACUGAAUUGGAUGAUGCCCGUGAACUAUCAAAAACCGUCGGGACGCCAGCUUUCUACGCCCCAGAGCUCUGCUACACGGGCGUCGAAUGCGAACCUACCAUUGGCAAGGAUCCCAAGAUCACCGGCGCUAUUGACGUCUGGGCUCUUGGAGUCACCCUCUACGGGAUGAUCUAUGGCAGGCUGCCCUUCGUUGCCGAUGACGAGUUUAGCUUGUUCCAAAACAUCGUCAGACACGACGUCUUCAUCCCAACCAGGAGGCUCAAGGCUGUUGUGGCUGAUGAUACUCUACCUGACCACCCUCACAGUCACCCUCACACCCACUCUUAUUCUCAUUCUUACAACACUCAGAGAUCUUCUAGCGUGAGUAGCAGUACACGCUCUGAGGGCGAGCUGGCAUAUGAGGCUGUAGACGAGGAGUUACGAGACCUUUUGCGUCGCCUCUUGAUCAAAAACCCAACAAAACGGAUCACUUUGAAGGAAAUCAAACAUCAUCCCUGGAUCACCCGGGAUAUCCAGGACCCGAAGGCUUGGAUCGAAGACACCGAUCCCGGGUACCAGAGCAAAGGCAAGAAGAUCGAGGUUUCCAACGACGAUGUUAUUCGUGCUGUUACCAAGUUGCCAUUUAUCGAACGAGUACGCUCCAAUGUCGUCAAAUGGAGUGGCAAUAUAUUUGGUCGUAGGCGGGCCCCUAGUUCUGCUACAUCGGUAGAUACUGCACAUUCUGCCUCAUCCGGUAGCAGCUUAACUAUCGGUAAGGAUAUCAUCCGAGAGCUUAGGAGGACUAGUUUACGUGGCGAUGAGGAGAUCACCAGAACUCCAAGAGGCGCCAGGGAGGGUGAACACCCACUUUCACAGAGCCUGGUGGUCAGCCCUGAUUUGCAGGCUGAUAUCAAACACCCAGAUUACUUUGGACGUGUAGCUACAUCACGAACUGCACCAACAUCAGUGAACUGCUCUCCCAUCCAAGAGCCUCGUCCCGAUCUACCUGGACGCACCGCCUCGAAACUUUCUAGCGCUGGAUCGACAAAGACAAUUCGCCCUACUAACUUGGAGAUGUCGUUUCUUAACGACCAGUCUUUCACUGCAGCUGGGAACGAGUCGUUCAAUUCCUCUCCUGGUGGGAUGACCAUAUUCGGAGGAGCCAGGAAUAGACUCGUUAAGAGUUUACAUAUUCGGGACCGGCGGCACGAUAAUUGCGAGGCCCCAGAACACAACCCCUUCGACGCAGCAUGCCACUCUACGCCCAGUGUAGCUGUCUCUCCCGCCUCAGCUACUGGUCUAGUCAAUACUCCAGAUCUCAUUCAUGAGUCAAAUAGCACACCGACUCCUCACGCCUCGCCACGAAGGUACACCAUUCACAGACGGAGUAAGUCCCAUCAGCUUCGACAAGACGCAAAUCUCGCCGGACCACCACCUGCCCCCUUGCAUCGCGAUUUUCUCUUCCGUAACCCCGACUCAACAGCCCAUCAUCAUUUAGGUCAAGACAACGCAACCAUCGUCAAUGUUGACAAAGAUGACUUCCACAUCCAUGCAUCGCCGGUGCACUAUUAUAACACCCUAGAGGCCGAGAGCUACGAUGAUGACCCGUUCAAGUAUCAGCCAAUAGCAAGGCCAAUCACGUCUCCUCCAUUAGCAAUUACCAUGUCAUCUUCAUCCAUGGAUGAUUAUCACAGUGAGAUGUCCCACUGCGCAUCGCACCCAAGCAUACCAUCCGUGAUAUCAGGCGCCUCCUCUCUAUCUGCUGAAGGCUUCUCAGCGUAUCCCGUUGAGCUAAAGUAUGAGAAGAAAAGUGAGAAGGAGCAUGGUACUUGCUCAUGCCCAGUUGUCCCGCCUAUGCUUCGAACAGGCGAUACAGUUACGGAUGAAUCCACGCGGACAGCUAUGGUUGACAAAGCACGGCCCGAGCCCGUGAAAGUGGAAACUAAUGAUGAUGACCAACGAUACCAUGGUGAUGACGAGGACGAAGAAGACGAUUCUAGCGAUGAGGGACUUACAUUUGGCAGAUGCAAGGCCAGCGUCUGA